CCCGGGGCACUGAGCCCGGUCCUGUCUCCACAGCCAUGGCUGCCAUCCGGAAGAAGCUGGUGAUCGUGGGGGAUGGGGCCUGCGGGAAGACCUGCCUGCUGAUCGUCUUCAGCAAGGACGAGUUCCCGGAGGUCUACGUGCCCACCGUCUUCGAGAACUACGUGGCGGACAUCGAGGUGGACAGCAAGCAGGUGGAGCUGGCCCUGUGGGACACGGCCGGCCAGGAGGACUACGACCGCCUGCGGCCGCUCUCCUACCCGGACACCGACGUGAUCCUCAUGUGCUUCUCGGUGGACAGCCCGGACUCGCUGGAGAACAUCCCGGAGAAGUGGGUGCCCGAGGUCAAGCACUUCUGCCCCAACGUGCCCAUCAUCCUGGUGGCCAACAAGAAGGACCUGCGCAAUGACGAGCACGUCCGCAACGAGCUGGCCCGCAUGAAGCAGGAGCCCGUGCGCACGGAGGACGGGCGGGCCAUGGCCGUGCGCAUCCAGGCCUACGACUACCUGGAGUGCUCGGCCAAGACCAAGGAAGGCGUCCGCGAGGUCUUCGAGACGGCCACCCGCGCCGCCCUGCAGAAGCGCUACGGCGCCCCGAGCGGCUG